GCAAGCGCAACGGAGGGGGGCAGUCUCCAAGGCAACCGGGUUCAACAGCUCCAGCGCUGCGGGCGUCUGGAGGCCCCAGCGCCCAGCCCGGAAUGUGCGCCGCGGAGGUGGACGACCACGUAGCCCAGCGAUACCUGCUCAAGCGGCGGCUGGGGAAGGGGGCCUACGGCAUUGUGUGGAAGGCAGUGGAUAGGAGGACUGGAGAGGUCGUGGCCAUCAAGAAAAUCUUCGAUGCCUUUAGAGACAAGACAGAUGCCCAGAGAACGUUCCGGGAAAUCACGCUGCUCCAGGAACUUGGGGACCAUCCCAACAUCAUCCGCCUCCUGGACGUGAUCCGGGCGGAGAAUGACAGGGACAUUUACCUGGUGUUUGAGUCUAUGGACACUGACCUGAACGCCGUCAUCUGUAAGGGCAGGCUGCUGAGGGACGUCCACAAGCGCUACAUCUUCUACCAGCUUCUGCGGGCCACCAAGUACAUCCACUCAGGACGCGUCAUCCACCGGGACCAGAAGCCGUCCAACAUCCUCCUGGACUCCAGCUGCGUGGUGAAGCUCUGCGACUUUGGGCUUGCGCGCCCCCUCAGCAGCCUCCCUGAGGAGCCUGCGGGCCAGGCCCUGACAGAUUACGUGGCCACGCGCUGGUACCGGGCUCCAGAGGUGCUGCUGUCCUCGAGCUGGUACACCCCUGGGGUGGACAUGUGGAGUCUGGGCUGCAUCCUGGGGGAGAUGCUUCGGGGGAGGCCCCUGUUCCCUGGCACAUCCACACUCCACCAGCUGGAGCUGAUCCUGGAAACCAUCCCUCCACCAUCCAAGGAGGACCUCCUGGCUCUUGGCUCAAGCUACAGCGCCUCUAUCCUGCCCUGCCUGGGGGCUCGGCCACGGCACACGCUGGACACUCUCCUGCCGCCGGACACGCCCCCGGAGGCCUUGGAUCUCCUCGGGAGACUCCUGGUGUUUGCCCCCAACAGGCGGCUUAGCGCAGCCCAGGCCCUGCAGCACCCCUACGUGCAGAGGUUCCACUGCCCGGCCCGUGAGUGGACACUGGACUCGGCCGUGCGGCUCCCAGUGCUCGAGGGAGUUCAGCUCUCCGUCCCCGAGUAUCGCAGGCGCGUCUAUCAGAUGAUCCUGGAGCGCAGGGGUGAUGGCCGCGUCCCCGGAGAGAAGGGCCUGGGGGGCACCCCCCGGGAGACAGAGCCCAGUGGGCCCCGGGCGCACCUGCUCAAACCCAGGGCCAUCCAUCAGCUGUCUCCGGGCUCGCCUGCACAGAAGCCGGGACGCAGACCUCAGAGCAGCCCGGGUCGCCAGGGCGCCCACGACGAAGCCUGCGGAGCCAAGAACCUUCCCCGGCAGAGCUCGGCCCCCCUGCUGCAGCCUCCGCCGCCAGGAGGUCCCGGGAGAGGGGACAGGCCCCCUGGGGCGGCGGGGGCGGCGGCGGCCCCCUCGGCGCCCUCGUGGGUGGAGCCCAGCGGGAAGGGGGCGGCGCCCUCCCUGGCCUCGCAGACCGCCGCCCAGGUGACCGUCCAGGCCCUGAUCCGGAGCGACUGGCACCCGCGCCGCGGGGAGAGGGCGGCCGGCGCGCGGCGGGUCCCACGCGCGCUCCCCGCGGAUGCCCCGCGCGAGCCCCGGCCGGGCCGGAGGAUGUUCAGCGCCUCGGCCUCGCAGGGCGCUCAGGGCGCGGCCAGGGCGGCGCUCGGGGGCUACUCUCAAGCCUACGGGACCGUCUGCCGCUCGGCGCUGGGCCGCCUGCCCCUGCUCCCCGGGCCCCGCGCCUAGGCCGCCCUUCCAGCUCCCACCCGGCUCUUCUGCGCAACCCCGGAUUUGCCCCUAGGUCCCGGUGCUCCUCGCCCCCUUUUGCCUGGCCGCAUUCUUGGGAUUCCUGGAGCUUGUCCGGGCCUCCUGGGGGGGAGUUGAGCUUCCCACCCAUCCCCAGUCGCUCCCUCCAAUAAAGUCUGAUCCAUCCCCA